CUCAACCCAGCAUGUUAUCGUGAUAGAGUCUGUAGAUGCAGAGGCUGCAGGUCCUGGGGUCAAGCAGCAGAUGACUAAAGGAAAGAAGGACCCACAGGACAGCAGAGACAUCCAGACCGAGGCAGUGGCUGGAGUGGCGCCCCCUGUGGCCAAGGAGGUCCUCUCCGCUGUGCCCCAGGCCAGGACCAUACGCAGCAUCAUGGAGGAUGAGGAGGUUCCAGAGGUGCUGCUGGUGAAGGAGGAGGGUCUGGGGAACCCUGAGGGAACCAUGGUCAUGGAGGACAACCAGACUACACCACCUCCUGAAACCACAGAGGAACUAGCUGAGCAGCACAGGACCACACACAGUCUCACUGAGUCAGUAGACAUGGAGGAUGGGAAGCCUGAUCUGCUGCUGGUCAAAGAGGAGACCGUAGAGGAUGGACCAGAGAGCAUUGAUCUGCUGAGUGGACUAAAGAUGGGGGAGCAAGGUGAUUGGCUGGAGGCUAACAGAGGAGACUGGGCGGCCAUCUUGAAUUCCCAGACCCAGACCGGUGGAGCCAAGGGCUUACGGGACAACAUCACUGAGCAGGCCAGGAUCAGAGGCGACAAAGUGGAGUCUGCUGUCCAUGAGAGCCUGCUGUCAUCCGGUGUUGCUGGUGGGAGAGACUGGUCCUCUGAGGUGGCUAGUCACAAAGCCUGGCCCCGGAUCAGAACCCUGGAUCAGCAGCCUUCGCUCUUCCUUCCCGAGUCGGAACCAGGACCCAACUACGAGGGACAGAGACUCCACCACCACACAGAACACAACCAGUGGACAGGUGGACUGAACAACCUCAGUCCUGGUGGUCAUCAGAGAGACAGAGGCUCUAGUCAGGGAUCCAGUCUGCAGCCCAGACCCUUCUCUUCACAGUCUCAGUGCAGGGAUGUAGCAGGGCCUGGGGCUGAUAGAGAUAGACCCUCCUGUUCCUAUGAUACAAACACCACAGUGUCCAUGAUAAACAGUGCAGGUCUUCCUGGGCUUCUGCCUUCACAGAGAGUGGUGGGAGACCCCCCUGGUAGGAGUCUAACAGGAAGUCUUUCCUCUCCAUCAGGAUCUCGUCUAAUGCCUGGUGAAUGGGUUCAUAGAAGGUCUGGGUCUAGCCUUCCUCAUUUAACUCAUGGUUACCCUAGCAAUACAGACAGAGGCAGGAUGGGUGUUCAGCACAAGCGCUUCCUAGCCUCUAACACAGCACAAAAUCCCAACAACACCCAAACAAUGGCUAGAGGUCAAGGAGGGAGCUCAAAGACUAACCACCUGAGGCUGGCUCCUGCUUCUACCUCCUCUGGUGUCAUUGGGAGGCCGAGCAUUAGGACUGACGCCGACAAGCCGUACACCUGCCCAACGUGUGGGAGGCGCUUUGCUAAAGCGAGCUAUGUGAAGAUGCACCAGACCGUUCACACCAAGGAGAAGCCCUUCAAGUGCAAACUAUGUUACAAGAGCUUCUCCUUCCUGACUAACCUUAUCAGACAUAGGAGUGUCCACAAUGGGGAAAAAUCAUAGCAGUGUGGCCUGAGAUGUACACAGGGGGUGUCAAGGGUGACAUAUUAUAGUUAUGUGAAGUGUCUUUGGGUAAGAGAGUAAUUAACCACAUACCCCUCAUUAACCCUUUGUUAACUUGUCUUUUGAAACAGGCUUGUGUAAACUGUUUUUAGAGAGAGAGUAAACCUGGGCUAGAACAAGGAUAGUUGAAUAUUUACCUUACUGAGGUGAUGUAGAUGGAAUAAAGUAAUUGUAUUAUUUUCUACUGUGUUCUUGAUAACACACUGUUCUUCAUAGACAAAUAUCUCUGAGCUUGAAAGAUGGUGAUCAUGAAGGAGAUUUGAUGUGUAAUGUAAUAAGCAAUGGCGUAUUUGAAAAGAACAGCAUGCAUACCCUUUUCAUUUAACCACAUCCUUUGAGCUAUGACGCCAACCAUUAAGUAUGAGGCGUUAUACGUGCCUAUUCCUUGAUUGUAAUAUUCAACUGAUAAGGCAAUGCCGCAAUAGUGAUUAUUGGAAGAAUUGAACCGCUCAUGCAACGAGAACCGGAAGCACCGACUGCUAGCAGAGCAGAGUGGAUGAUUGUAAGUAGAAACUUCAGUGCAAACUUGUUUGGAAGACUGUUGUGGGGGGCGCUAUAGAAGGUUGACUGGAAGAUAGCUACAGAUUGUUAAACCAGAUAAUGUGAUUGAACCAAAGAUUUUUGGUAUCCAUUACUGGGAGUUACAGGUUAGGUACUGUUUGGUGUAGCACAGAGAAUUUUCUACCAACCCUAACUUCAAAUUGUAUUGGUCACAUACACAUAUUUUGCGGGUGUAGCUAAAUACUUAUGUUCCUAGUUCCAACAGUGCUGUAGUAUCUAAAAAUGAUUCACAACAAUACGCAUAAAUCUAAAAGUAAAAUAAUGGAAUUAAGAAAUAAAUAUUAGAUCGAGCAAUGUCGGAGUGGCAUUGACUAAAAUACAGUAGAAUAUAAUACAGUAUAUACAUGUGAGAUGAAUA